AUGGCUACUUGGACACACUUUUUCUCGGAAUCCGACCAAGUCAACAAGCAAGAAGCUUCCAUCUUCCGGUCCAAUUCCUUUGCAGCUCCCACAACUACUGCUGCCACUGCUGCAUCCGCUGUUGUCUCUCCCGCCAAUAUUCAUCCUCUCGCCGAAUCGGUCUUACUUCGAUCUCUCUCUGCCGAAAUGUCCUCUUCUGCAGCACCUGCUCCUGCCAAUCCAGCUCCAGUUGCAACCAACAGGGCACCCAAUCCAAUUCCUCGACGGAAUUUGAUGGAAGCUUUUGAAGAGCUCCACAUUCAACCACCUGGUACCGAUGUCGAAGGGGUAACACUCCAGAAAUCCUUGAGUAUCAAGGGUGAGGAAGAAUCACAACCCCCAGCCAUUUCUCCCACCGGCGUUACAGACUUGGUUCAAAACGCUCCAAAGCAAGGAACCACUGAAUCGAAACUUUUGCAACCAACUGCGAUUAUCACACCAGACAAAACCGAGUCGAUCAGUGGCCUUGUGCCCACUUUCUAUCUCCAUCCCGAGUUGAAACGAGAGCUGUCUGAUGCCCUUGUCAACCGUGUUUCCUUCUACGCUGUCAUCCACGAUAUCAACAAAGAAGCUACUGCUAUGGCUGCCAGUGAUGAUUCUGGAUAUAAUAGAAACCCAGAAGACAUGCACGAAGAAUACGAUCCUCUCGUCGUUGCUGUCAAUGGUCCACCAGAUGAAAAUUUUGUUUCCAACAAUUCGUUUAUGCAGGUUGCCUUGAUUGACGAGGAACGUUGGCUACUUGACACUAUUGAAGCCCGCAGCAACGAAGAAACCCGAUGGCUGAAUGCGUGCCCGCCAACAUUCCUACAAGCAAUGGGAGAGCGCGAUUACGAGAACCCGCUGGCUUCUCUUUCCAACGGAAGUCGUACACAGCUUUGGAAACCAUCCAGAAGUUGGUGGGAGGCCAAGAGUGGCAAGAAUCCAUGGAUUGAGCCGAAGAGUCACAAUAAGAGAUGGAGAUAUCUUUGGCCACUAAUUCACUACCACAAGUUUCUUGCGCGUUGCAUCAAGAAGCUAAAGCGCAACGGUGUUGAUGUCAAGACUUCUGUUUCGCCCGUUUCGGUGUUCCUUCGCGAAGAAGUUUGUGCCGUGUCGGACCACUUGGCUUCUGUGUCACUAUUUGAUUCCGACGAAUGGAUGCAAUGUCUUGAAUACUUCAACGGAUGGGUUGCCUCCGAUCGCGAAUCUGAAGUUCGUCUUCGAGACCUAGUGUCAAGCCUCAGUCUACGUCCACUCAUGGAGCCUGGUGAUAUUGAUAGUCCUCUACUUCGCAAUCAAAUCGAUGAGCAGUACUUGCGAGCAAUGGCAUCAUCGCGUUCUCAAAUGGCUGGCGCAGAAACUAAAGAGCGUCAGCCACGAGCACUGAAGGGCAUCGUGUCCGCAAAACAACGAAAAGGUCGCGAUGAUUCCAAGAUUCAAAAUUACGAUUUCUCUGGUCCCAAGUACCGCCAAGGAGAUGGUCAUCCACCAGUGUAUCCAAGGCAAGGGGUUUCACCAAACCCCCGACCACCAUUGCAUGCCGCUGGUAUGUCUCCUGCAAAUGCACUGCCUCGCCAUCUUUGGGGAUAUCAAACCCAACCCAACCAUUGGUGGGGCAACAAUUGGGGCAAUGGCGUUUUUGUUGGAGAAGACGGUGGCAUCCAUGGGGGUUUUGCUGGAGACGGCAUUCCACAACAUUUUGAAAUGAACCAAUUUGGUGGUCCAAUGCAGCAGCAGGCAUAUUACCCUCCAUUCAUGUACCCACAGCAUCCUCAAGCACAAGUACCGUUCGACCCAAACCUACAAGAUCCUGCAUCCGUGUAUGGCUUCAAUGGACCUGAUCAAUGGAUUCAACAUCCUAUGAACAACCCAGCUGCUCGUGAGGUUCAAAUGCCAGGAACACCUGGUCAUAUGAACCUGACACAAGAGAUUCACGCCAACAGCAGUCACGCUGACGCGAAUGCACAGAUGAAUGUCGAGCAAACACCUUUCAAAUACAAUGCUCACCAAGUACCCAUGUCGCCAUAUUGGGGACAUCUGGACCAUGCAACAUUGGCCAUGAUGGGGAUUGCGACUCCUCAAACAGCUACCGCUUCGCCACAAACACCCGCAAGAACUGUCCCAAGUAGUCCAGACGAUAAGACAUCGCUAGCAGAAGGUGGAUACACCAUGAACGCCCAGCCAUUACUGUUACGCCAACAGUACUAUGGAUACAACGGAUAUGGUGCAAGAGAAGGAUAUGGUCCUCCAUCUCCCGCAACCCAAUUCAUGAUGUCUCCUCAAAACAACUUUGCCUACAACUAUGGCUACGGAAACUCUCAGCAGGUUGGAAUGCCCUCACAAGCUGAAGAAUUCAAUGAUUCUUCUGAAAGCGCUACUGAGACUGUCGCAUCCAAGAGUCCAAGCAGAAACGCAUCCACCGCAUCGAAAUCAGAUGAAUCAUCAUAA